GCCCUUUUGACCAUGGUUUCGCCCUUGGGAGAGCGCGGGGCGAUGGACCGGCAGGUGGCGUCGCUCCAGAUAGGAGAGGAAGGGAUAGAGGAGCGAGGGGCGCUAGCGAGCGCCAACGAGACGCCAGUCAGGUCGCGCGGCUCGACGCCGGAGCCCGAGGCGGAGCAGGAGCAGGAGCAGGAGCAGGAGCAGGAGGCAGAGGAGGCGGAAGACGGGCCUGUGACGGGCCGGGCAGAAGCUGCGCCGGGGGAAAGGACAGCAGAGGAGAGGGACACCGACGAGCUGGCGCGCUUCAGGCGCGAGUGGGAGAAUGAGGUCAGGCGGCGUCGAGGCGCAGGUGGCGAUGGGCAGGGCAGCAGCAGCAGCAGCGGUGGCAGCAAGGGCUGGUCUUCGACAGAGUACCGAAGAGCUGCCCGUCGGUUCGGGCGGCAGACGGCGUCGGCAGAUGAAGCUUUGAAGGAAGAGGAAGAGGAGGCGCAACAGGCAGACGAGGAGCAAGGGCUGUCGGAAGACGAGCGGCCGCACAGUCCGUCGACGAUCCAGGAGACGCUGCAAAAGAACGGAGCGUCGGACAGAGCACAGGCGCAAGCGUCGCUCUCGAGCCAGCAUCGAAGGUACAGACAAGCCGGGCAGCAGAAGCUCAACAGCUCGCUGGCUGCCUCGAGACGACAGGCGGCCCUCGAUGCCCAGAAUGACGCCCUCAAGCAAGCGGCCGAUGGAGGCGGCGACGAGCACGACAAUGACGCCGCCGACGCCGCCGAUGGCAAAGAAGGCGCCGGGGAGAGCACUAUGCCCAAAAAUGCACCGAUACGACUGAUGCGAAGCUCCGUCGAGGCGUACGCCCGUGCAGUCGAAAACGAACGGAGGGGCAAGCUCGACGAUGCGCUCCUCUUCUACCGCAGGGCCUUUCGGCUCGACUCCAAUGCCGAUCGCCUGUACCAGCGUGCGGCGACGCUUAUCUCAGCCUCGCUAGAUGGCGAGUCGCCAUCAGAUGCCAAAAGAAGGGGAACGGCAAAGGACCAGCUCAUUGCGACGCCAGAGGUGGUCGAGAGGGUCAAAGCUGCGCUCGACAUUGACGACUACCGAUACAAGGCCAUCAUGAAGCGCAAGGAGCUUGAGCAAGCCGAAGCGGGUGAGAAGGUGCAGCAGGCCCAUGCUCGAACAGAGGAAGAUGCGGUGCUCGAGGGGGAGCCGGGCGACGAUGCAGAGUCAGCGGCGGCAGCUGUAGGGACCGACCAUCUUUCCCGGCUCAUCUAUCGCCUCUCGAUCGGAGGCGGCGGCGAGCGAGACUUCAGCCUGGUCAAGUUUGAGCCGGCAGACGAGGAGCAGCCGGAGCAGCUGCAGAUCAACAAGCUUCCCGAUGAGGUUCUUCUGCACAUUAUCUCGCUGGUUGCCCAGCCAAAUGGCCGACGGGGUGCCAAGAUCGUCAGACCCGGUGAAGCGACGGCUCCUCGACACGCCUCAAAUGAGACGGAAGAGGCGCCCUCGGACGCACAGGCAAAGGCAGCGACGGCCGACGUCGAUCAUCGGCGACAGCGUGGCCCACCGGGUGUCGGCAUCGUGCUCGCAGGGCCAGACUACAUCAGCGUCGAGCAGCUCGCGCGCGUCUGCUGGAAGUUCCGCCUGCUCACGCGCAGCUGGGGCGUCUGGCGCUCCAUUGUUCGCGAGACGUACUAUCCACCCCAGAUCCCCGCCAAAGUCAAGCUGGCCCAGCUGGUGCAGGAGCACGACGACGACUGGCGGACGACGUUUGUCGAGCAGCCCCGGCUGCGGCUCAAUGGCGCAUACAUUGCCUCCUACCACUACACCCGUCCUGGCAUGCACGAGGACAACGUCUGGAUCCGCGUCGUCCACGUCGUCGAGUUCUACCGGACCCUGAGGUUCCUGCCCGACGGUCGCACGUUGAGUCUGCUCACGACGGACGCGCCCUCGGAGACGGUGCGAAAGAUGGAGCCGUCGUUGAAGUCAAAGGGCUUCGCCAUCGGCCGAUGGUCCCUCCAUCCAAAGGGCCUCGACGAUGAUGCAGAGGCUGGAAGGCCGCCGGGGCCCAAGGUUGUCGUCGAAGAUCUCAAGGACCGCACCAUGCAGCGCUACUCGUUCCGAAUCGUGCUCCGACUCACGAGGACCCGCCGGGGACUAUGGAAUCGCCUCGAGAUUCUGGAGUACGAGAGCUUGAACCUUGUUUCGGGAGAGACGCUUCCCCUGCCUCAGACGCAUCAGAAACCGUUCCACUUCAGUCCAGUGCGAAGCUACGGGAUAUAGAAAGCGUCUUCCCUUUGCAAUGCAUAUAUAAACGAUGA